AUGCGCAUCACCGCCCCCCUCAUCGCUCUCGCAGCGUCUCUCCCCCUCCUAACCACCGCCCAGAUGGGCCCCGACGACACGAUCUGCGGAUUCCUCUACGGCACCGACUACACCGACGCCUGCUGCCACACGGUCAUCAGUCGCGGGGUCAAUGCGCCUUGCACUGAUAUCGAGUAUGUGAGCAACUUGACCGAGUGCUCUACGUAUCAUUAUCCAACGGGGUGGGCUGUUUGUGUUGAGAAGGAGCCCGCCUACCCGGCCUCCGGCCCUCUCUUCGGCCACGGACCCAGCGGCAUCGUAUCUGAGUACAUGACGCUCGAGGAUUUAGAGCAGGUGUACUGGGAUUACUUCAGUUCCAAUGCUAUGGGUGAGACUAUGGCUAAGGCUGUUGCUGCGAUGAAGAACGCUUGA